UCAUAUCAUAAAUAAAUAAAGAAUCCCUUCACAAGUUCAGAUUUUCUGGAUUCACUAAAUUUAUCUCCAUGUCUUUAGCAAAUUGUAAGAAUGAAAAUAACCAUUUGAACCAAGAUUUUAGUUACAAAAAACUCCUUGCUAGAUGCCAGGCCGCCGUCCAUAUGUAGCCAAUAUGAAACUACAAAGUCCUAUGAGUAAAUUUUCUAGCAGUUCACCCUAUAAAUAUACUUCAGCAGUAUUCUUGAAUUGUGAAAAAAAGAGAGAACCAAAUGGGAAAUCCUCAUGUAUUGGUUAUACCUUUUCCGGCACAAGGCCAUGUACUUCCUUUAAUGGAGCUAUCUCAAUGCUUAGUGAAUCAUGGCAUCAGAAUCACAUUUGUAAACACACAAGAGAAUCAUAAAAGAGUUAUGGAUGCAUUAGUGAUGAAGGAUGGUAUGGGUGAUCAGUUUCAUCUUGUUUCGAUUCCACUGGUACAGGAGUCUUCUGAGAAUACAGGUCAAUUAGCAGAGAAGCUUGUUGAAGCAAUCCUCUGGCUAAUGCCAAAAAAAGUUGAGGAGCUGAUUGAACAGAUUAAUGCAUCAGAUAGUGAUAAGAUCACUUGUGUUCUGGCAGAUCCAGUUCUCAACUGGGCCAUGGAAAUUGCAGCGAAGAAGGGAAUUAGGCGAGCCGUCUUCUAUUGUGCAGCAGCCACACAGCUUGUCUUAAGAUCUAGAAUCCAAAAGUUGAUUGAUGAUGGAAUUGUUGAUGAUGAUGGAAUUCCAAAGAAAGAAAUGUUUCAGUUGUCACCAACCAUGCCUGUCAUGAGCACAGCACACAUAGGAUUUCUCUGGCUUGGCACAUCGAAAAUGCAGAGACUGUUUUUUGAAAAUACUGUUAAAAACAACCCAUCAAUACAAUUGGCAGAGUGGGUGCUUUGCAAUUCAACUCAUGACCUUGAGCCUGCAGCUUUUAACACUGAUCCAAAGUUCAAACAAAUUGGUCCACUUUUAGCAAGAAACCGAUUUGGAGACUCGGCAGGUAGCUUCUGGCCAGAAGACUUAACUUGUCUGAAAUGGCUUGAUCAACAACCAGCACAGUCAGUCGUAUAUAUUGCAUUUGGCAGUACAACUAUUUUUGACCAAACUCAGUUCCAAGAAUUGUUUAUGGGACUUGAACUCUCCAACAGACCAUUCCUUUGGGUUGUGCGUUCUGAUAUUGCAGCGAAAAUAAAUGAUGCCUAUCUGAAAGGAUUACAAGACAGAUUCGCGCCUCGAGGGCAUAUAGUUAGUUGGGCGCCUCAACAGAAGGUUCUGGCACAUCCUUCCAUUGCUUGCUUCAUAAGCCACUGUGGAUGGAACUCCACCAUGGAAGGCAUAAGCAAUGGGGUCCCGUUCUUGUGUUGGCCUUACUUUGCAGAUCAGAAACACAAUGAGAAUUACAUUUGUAAUGUUUGGAAUGUUGGAUUGGGGUUCAGCAAAGAUGAAAGUGGAAUAAUUACAAGAGAAGAAAUCAAAAGUAAACUGGAGGAACUGCUAGAUAAUGGCAAGUAUAAAGGUAAUGCUUUGGAUCUCAAGGAAAGUUUGAUGAAUAACAUCAAAGAAGGUGGUUGCUCCUAUAAUAAUUUCAAGCAUUUUGUGGAAUGGCUAAAGACAUAAUUCAGGAGUGCUCAAUACUUGUUCAAGAAAUUAUGAUACUUGGACUAUGAGGAAGAACGGUAUCUUCGCUUUGGAUAAACCUACCCGUUUCUACUUGUUUUUGAAGAACAUUUAUAUCUCUAAUCAGAUAAUGUGAAAUUUCGACAUCUUUUUUCGCCUUAUUGUAAGAAACAUUGAUUGUUCGGUAUGUUACAAUUCUACUCCUAUAUUUCUUCAGGGAAAAAGCCUACCUGAUCUUGAUUAUUGUGAUGGAUAGUAUAUGUCCCUCAAACAGAGGUUUCAAGUUACUUUUCUAUUGGUUUCAGGCAUAGAAAGUUAAACUACUUAAUGAGGUACCUUUCCUGUUCUGGCCUUACUUUGAUGACGCCAUUAUUUCAA